CCGGGCUGGGUUUUCAUUCGGCCCUUAAAAAGGGUGACAACCGUUGCUUGAUAUAUAGGUAACGGUCAUAACUUUUGUUCCAGAAGAAAACGUCGAGAAUGGACGUGUCAAGCAUCGUUGUGCCUGUCAUCGGAAUAUCAGUGGCUGCCUUCGCUACUUUUUAUGUCGUCAGCUUUAGCGAAAUCAAAAACAAAUAUGAGAAUUCAGACAAGUACCUUGACGAUGAGGAUGCGGACGAUCCUGUUAGGUUGCGCUCGCUGCAGAGCAACAAGGAGUGGCGACAGGCACGAAAAGAGGCAAAGAAGCAACGGAAGGGGACAUAAUUUGUGAGACGCCAGGUUGUGUGUCACUAAUGGAAUCUCUAUUGAAUUUUUAUCAAGUUCGCGGUGUCGUGCACGAAAAGAGGCAAAGAAGCAACGGAAGGCCACAUAAUUUGUGAGACGCCAGGCCGCAUGUCACUAAUCGAAUCUCUAUUAAAUGCUAAUAGAGUUCGCAGUGCCAUUCACUUUGUAAGUUUGUAUGCAAUGGAGCCAAGGGGUCAAUGGGGGUGCACUGCAUCCGAGCAUGAUCAAGACUGAGGGAGUGGGGGUGUGCCAGGGGUAAUUGACGAAAGGGGGGUGGGUGGGGUCUCAUGAUGGGGAGGACCCAGUUAUUAUAUUACAUGAAUCGAAUCUCUAUUACAUUUUUAAUUGAGUUCAUGGUGCCAUUGCAAUGCCUUUCAUCUCCAAUGCUUUACAGUUUCAUCUCCUUUCGUUCCAUAAUGAAGCUACCAGAGGGUC